AUGGGAUUGAGUCUCACUCCAGACCUCCGCUCGGUGGAGAACUCCUCCUCUGGCUCCGCCUCUUCUCUGAACUCCUCCUCUGGCCCCGCCUCCUCUCUCAACCCGGCGUCCUGCAGCAUCGACGAGUCGUACAAGUACGUCUUCCUGCCGGUCUGCUACUCGCUGACCUUCCUCUUCAGCCUCAGCCUGAACUCCGUGGUGCUGCUGCGCUCCUGCCGCCUGCGCCGCGGACGCGGUGGGGGGGGCGGCGGCGGUGGGCGUGGCUGGAACACCUCUCUGAUCUACAUGGUGAACCUGGCCACCACGGACCUGAUGUACGGCCUGUCGCUGCCCUUCCUGGUGGCCAGCUACGUGCUGAGGGACAGCUGGGUGUUCGGAGACUUCAUGUGUCGUCUGGUCCGCUUCCUGUUCUACUUCAACCUCUACUGCUCCAUCUUCUUCCUCACCUGCAUCUCCGUGCACAGGUACCUGGGCAUCUGUCACCCCAUGAGGACCAUCACUCUGGAGAGCAGGCGGCUGGUGAAGGGAACCUGCGCCGUGGUGUGGGUGGUGGUCUUCAUCCUCACCUGCCCCAUCUUCAGGUUUGCUCAGACUGGAUACGUCAGGCGAGGAGGCGGAGCCGGCGCCGGGCCCGGAGCAUCAUGGGACGGCGGGAACGGGACCGGGGAUCGGGACGAUGAGGGCUACGUGAACUGCUGGGACGACGCCAUUGACGAGGAAUUUGCCGACUACGUCCCGUAUGGAAUCGUCCUGCACCUGUUGGGCUUCUUCGUUCCCUUCGUCAUCAUCGCCUGGUGCUACUCGCAGGUGGUCAGGACGAUCUUUCAGACGCUGCGCUCUCCUCCCGGCUCCGUGGAGGGCGGCGAGGACUGUCAUGUCGGAGGUGGGCCACCAGAGGGAGUUGGAGAGCGGGAGAGAACCUCGGUCUCCAUCUCCGGCUCGCAGUACUCCCACUACAUUCGGCGGCGGCGGAAAUCCAUCAAAACCAUCGUAACCAUCACGCUGCUGUUCGCGCUCUGCUUCCUGCCCUUCCAUGUGACCCGCACGCUCUUCCUGCUGCUGCGGCGCGGGCACCUCGGCGGCUGCUACGCCAUGAAGACCAUCUCCAUCUGCUACAAGGUCACCCGGCCGCUCGCCUCCUGCAACGCCUGGCUCAAUGCCCUCCUGUACUUCCUGACAGGGGAUAAGGGCGCCCCCUGCUGCUGGCCGGCAGAACGCACCCUCCGCAGAGACCGCCAGAACGGCUCCCUCUGGUGGCCGCUGAAGAUCCUCAAGAAGGAGGGGGCCGGGGACGAGGACCAGGAGGCAGCGGAGCGGGUGGAGCGGGAGGUGCACACGGAGAACGAGUCCAAGUCUUCCAGGGUGGUCUUCUAG